ACCGAUGGGCUGACGCGGAAAUCCGAAUGUCUAGCUGGUGAGGAGGCUGCAUGGAAAUUUCUGAAAAUGACAAUCUACAUAUCUUUAUAAUAAACGUGUCAUAAUUUCAGACACUAGAUGUUGAUUCAGGGCAACUUAACUGGGUGGAACAACUUAGAAAUAUAGUGUUUUCUUAUUGGACAACCUUUGAGCUAGACAAGAAAGCAUGAUACGCUCAUAUAGUAUUUUUAUCUUGAGUUGUAUUAAUUUGUUUCUACCACUUGGAUAUGUGUAUACAAAGGACUUUGACGCAUUAUGCUCAACCUGCAAACAAUUAGUCGACAAUUUUGACAAGGGUCUGGAAAAAACAGCAAAGCAAAAUUUUGGUGGUGGAAACACAGAAUGGGAAGAGCGAAAACUCUCCAAAUAUGAACUGAGUGAGAUUAGGUUGACCGAGAUACUGGAGGGCUUGUGUGACAGCAGCAGUUUUGAGUGCAACCGCAUGUUGGAAGAAAAUGAGGAACAUUUUGAGACGUGGUGGUUCAAGAGGAAAACAAAACACCCUGAUCUGUUCAAGUGGUUUUGUGUAGAGACCAUCAAAGUGUGCUGCCCAAGAGGUUUAUUUGGUCCUGACUGCAAUACUUGCAUUGGAGGAGCUGACAAACCAUGCCAUGGUAACGGCAAAUGUGAUGGAGAUGGAACAAGGGCUGGAAAUGGGAAGUGCACUUGUGAUAAGGAAUAUGAAGGGGAGUUUUGUCUGGAAUGCAGUGAUGGUUAUUUUAGUGCACUGAGGAAUGAUACAUACUCCUUGUGCAAAGAGUGUCAUGAGUCUUGUGUUGGAUGCACUGGAGGAACCAGUCAAGAUUGUAAAGAAUGUAGGAAUGGAUGGGAGAAAGACCAAGAAGGAGCAUGCAUUGACAUCAAUGAAUGCAUCAAAGAUCAAGCUCCAUGCAAAGAAAACCAAUACUGCCUAAACAUGGAUGGAUCUUUCUCCUGUAAAGAAUGUGAUAUCAGUUGCUCUGGUUGCAAAGGACCUGGCGCAAGUUACUGCCUCACGUGUGCUGAUGGCUUUAAGCUUGAAGAACGCACCUGCACAGACAUCAACGAAUGCACCGAAGAUCCAGCUCUGUGCAAAGAUAACCAAUACUGUCUAAAUACAGAUGGUUCUUUCUCCUGUAAAGAAUGCGAUACCAGAUGCUCUGGUUGCAAAGGACCUGGUGCCAGUAACUGCCUCACCUGUGCUGAUGGCUAUAAGGAUGAAGAAGGCACAUGCACAGAAGAGGAUAAGGAAGUGCCUGCCUUUGACUCUGAAGGUUCCCAAACUGGUGGCUCAUUUGAAAAACAUGAGGACCUCUGAAGUCAUAUGGUUUGAAUGCAGAAAACAGUCUCCAGGACACAAUAUUUGCCAAGGGACCACUAGUGUCUGCACUGCAUCUAAAUAUUGUUUGUUCUUCUUCUGGAAUAAUCAAGAGUGAAAGGCAUUUACAGUACAUACUUGAGAAACAGCCCUUUUUGGGAACAUGUUUUUGCAGUUGAGACAGUCAGCACCACUUUAUCAGUGAGCAAGAUUUACUUCGGAUAUACCAUCCCGGAUUUUUGUUGUCUUAAAAUUUAUAUGAAAUCAAAAUAAAAAAAUUAAAAAAAAGUUUUUCUUUUUUUAAAUUGGGUUUCACCGCCAACUCUAUAGCAUCUAUAUAGCAUUCUUAGUAAGUGCUUUUGAAACUUUACAUAAACCCUGCCUGUUUCUCCACUGUCCCAACUUUCCACUGUUCAUUAAUGGAAUUAUAGCUUUUACUUCAAUAUCCCCAUUGGUAAUUUACAUACGCUUCUCUUUUAUCAUGUUAUUUUAUCACGUUAUCAUCCACCUCAUUCUCUAACACCCCAACAUGUUCAAAUACCCAACAAAGAUGUAUCACUACUUCAACUUCAUACUUCCUUUUGUAUUCAUUUGUUUGGUUUAUUAAGCUCAUGUCAACCUUUAAAUCUGUGGCUUUUUAAGGUGGGUUACCACUUAAGGGGUACCACAGGACAAAAUUACAUAUUAUUAAUUCAUAAAUGUUUGGCCCACUACACAAAACUAUGGCCUACAUUAUAUUUAUUCUCCCAAUAAUCCCACAGAACUCUGCAGGAGUUCAUCAGUGUCCCACUGUAUUGUGAGUCAGGGUCAUUACCAGUACCAGCAGCAUACCUAGAUAUUUGAUUUACAAUAUUUUAUGGAUUUAGUUUAAAGUUAUAAUUGUAUGAAUAUGAGUAUGCCUUAUUAUUCACAUAGCUGUUACCAGGAGAAAAACUUUUGUUGAUUAUGAAAAAAAUACUAAAUAAUGACAUGCAUGUAACAUUUAUCUAAUCAUCAUCUAAUCAAACUUUAAUCAAAAGUUUAAUCAAAACAUCUAAUCAAAAGUUGUCUGAGGGUACUAUGCAUCUAUUGUCACAUUAUCCAAGUACAAAACAAGAUCCUAAAGAUAAAUGCAUACAAUGUACAAUUUAAAUGUAUUUAAUAUUAAGCAAUUUAAUAUUAAUUAAUUCAUAUUUAUUCUAUUAAUAUACGAUAAGCAAAUUAGUGCACUCUCAGUGCUGGGUUGCAUGAGGAAGGGCAUCUGCUGUAAAACCUGUGCCAAAUGGCUGUGUUGGCUGUGUGGAUAAUUUUGCUGUAGCGACCUCUAAUGGGAGUAGUUGAAAGAGAGGGUCAAAACCACAGAGAUAGACCAAUCUACAAAUAUGUGACAGUGCUGUUUCUUUGGCAACUUAAGUUCUCCAACACAUGGUCUAUCCUCUUUCCUAUACACCAUGUAAUUUUUAAGGCAUAAAUUAUGGGAGUACCUUCUGUUAAACUGUGGUAAUCAGCAACCUUAGGUAUUGUGAUUUAAAUUUGAGUGUAAUAGAUAGUCAAAAUAGAUGUAUUGGAAAGUGGAGGCAAAUUAGUAUUUAAGUGCAUACGUCACCAAAGUCUGCUUUUUCCUGUUUGAUUAGUCAAUUAAUAAAAAUACAAAUGAAA